AUGUCUCGAAAUAAACACCAAGAGGAGACCGACAAGCUUACGCGUAUUGCUAUCGUAAACGCGGAUCGCUGCAAGCCGAAGAGAUGUAGGCAAGAAUGCAAGAAGAGUUGUCCCGUGGUGCGUAUGGGCAAACUCUGCAUAGAGGUCACGCCCAACGAUAAGAUCGCUACCAUCUCCGAGGAACUCUGCAUUGGAUGCGGUAUUUGUGUCAAGAAAUGCCCCUUUGAUGCAAUCACCAUUAUCAACAUCCCAUCCAACUUGGAGAAGCAUACUACUCAUAGAUACUCCAAGAACUCAUUCAAGCUCCAUCGGCUGCCCAUCCCCAGGCCUGGUGAAGUGCUGGGAUUAGUUGGCCAAAACGGUAUUGGCAAGUCCACUGCCCUGAAGAUCCUUGCCGGAAAACAGAAGCCCAACUUGGGUCGUUUUGCUGACCCUCCGGACUGGCAAGAGAUUCUCUCUCACUUCCGUGGCUCUGAGCUGCAGAACUACUUCACGAAAAUCCUCGAAGAUGAUUUGAAAGCCCUGAUCAAGCCUCAAUAUGUGGACCAAAUCCCUAAGGCUGUCAAGGGCACUGUCGGUCAACUCCUUGACAAAAAAGAUGAAAGAAAAAACCAGACUGAAAUUUGUAAAAUGCUGGAUCUAUCGCACAUCCGCGAUCGUGAGAUCGCCGCCCUGUCUGGUGGAGAGCUGCAGCGCUUUGCUUGCGCUAUGGUGUGCAUCCAGAAUGGAGACAUAUUCAUGUUUGAUGAGCCUUCUUCUUACUUAGAUGUCAAGCAGCGUCUUAACGCUGCCCGCACAAUUCGAUCACUCAUCCACCCUGACAAGUUUAUUAUUGUGGUGGAGCACGACUUGUCAGUGCUAGACUAUUUGUCUGACUUUAUUUGCUGUCUGUAUGGCGUACCCGGUGCUUACGGUGUUGUGACUAUGCCUUUCUCUGUUAGGGAAGGUAUUAAUAUAUUCCUUGAUGGAUUUGUCCCCACUGAAAAUAUGAGAUUCAGAACUGAAUCGUUAGUAUUUAAAGUCGCCGAGUCCGCCACUGAAGAAGAGAUCAAACGAAUGAACCAUUAUGAAUACCCAGAGAUGUCGAAAUUGAUGGGUGAUUUCAGUUUGAAAGUACACCCUGGAGAAUUCUCAGAUUCUGAAAUUUUAGUGUUGCUGGGUGAGAAUGGUACUGGCAAAACUACAUUUAUUAGAAUGUUGGCCGGCAAUUUGGAACCUGAUGAAGGUUCGGGCUCACUACCUCAGCUGCACAUUAGUUAUAAGCCACAGAAGAUAUCGCCCAAGUCACAGGGUUUGGUGCGCAGCUUGCUGCAUGACAAGAUUAGGGAUGCUUACGUACAUCCACAGUUUAUCACAGAUGUGAUGAAGCCAAUGAAAAUAGAAGAGAUUAUGGACCAGGAGGUGCAGAACCUGUCUGGUGGUGAGUUGCAGAGAGUGGCGCUGGUGCUCUGUCUUGGCAAGCCAGCCGACGUCUAUCUAAUUGACGAGCCCUCUGCCUAUCUAGACUCUGAACAACGUUUGGUAGCUGCUAAAGUUAUUAAAAGAUUCAUCCUCCACGCAAAGCGUACAGGCUUCGUAGUAGAGCACGAUUUCAUAAUGGCGACCUACCUGGCGGACCGUGUGAUCGUGUUUGAAGGCACUCCCUCGGCACAUGCCACUGCGCACGCGCCGCAAUCGCUACUCAACGGCAUGAAUCGAUUCUUAGAAUUACUCGGCAUCACCUUCCGAAGGGAUCCCAACAACUUCCGGCCGAGGAUAAACAAACAUUCUUCUGUUAAGGACAUUGAACAGAAACGAGCCGGCCAAUAUUUCUUCCUGGAAGACUAA